GGGAGCUCAGACAUCACACUGUAGGAAGCGGGGGGGGCUAUAAUGUGGGGAACAUCCACUGAGCAUGGGGAGGGAGCGCUGUGAGUCUCCACAGUGUGUCCGGUUACUCAGCCUGUGGGUAUAAAUAGGGAGUAACCACCGAUCGGAUCGAUAAUGCUGAUACCACAGCAGGUAGACAGUGUGUGUAUGAAACAGCGUUAGACAGCCUAACAACAGCAGUGCCCUUAAACAAAAUGUAGCCCUUCAGAAUAAAAUGUGCGCUGGCAUUAAUAGCCUUCUUCCUUCAGGUGAAAGUGAAAGUAAAGACAGAGUCGGAGGACGGUAGACCGCUACUAAUGAUAACAGUCUUUAUCCAGCGGCCGAGAUGAAGUUGCUGCUGGUUCUGAUGUCCUCUCUCUCUCUGGUGGACGCAGACUCUGAUGUGAUUGGCUCAGACAAACCAGUUACAGUAACAGUCGGUGAUAACGUCAUCCUGCCAUGUCACCUGGAGCCUCCAUUCAAUGUGAGGAAUCUAACAGUGGAGUGGAAACGCGGUGAAACCAUCGUGCACAUCUAUACAAACAGGAAGGAUGAUCCACGUCUUCAGGACAAGAACUUCCGAGGAAGAACAUCUCUCUUCCAUGAAGAAAUGAUCAGAGGAAACAUUUCACUAAAACUGACCAGCAUAACUGAACUGGAUGCUGGAAGUUACACCUGCUUUGUUCCCAAACUGCAAAGUCAGGUCAGGAAAGGCUUCGUUAACCUCACUGUUGAGCCAGUCGAGCAGAAAAAGGACAAAGGAAGUCCGACCCAUAAAAACAACAGACAGCCAGAGAAUGUUGGUAAUGACACUGCUGCUAUAAUUGGCAUUGCUGUAGUCAUCAUUGCUGGAACUGUCAUUUCCUUUGUUGUUGUAUUAUGGGGGUUGUGUAGAAAUACCAGACAAGAGGACAAUGUUUGGGCCAAUGUUGGGUCCAAUGUUGGGGCCAAUGUUCUGUCCAAUGUGUGGGCCAAUGUUGGGUCCAAUGUUGGGGCCAAUGUUGGGUCCAAUGUUGGUGACAAUGUUGAGAGAAUGCCUAUGCUCAAGAUAAAUACCAGACAAGAGGACAACCCUGAGACCAAUGUUGGGUCCAGUGAUGGGGCCAGUAAGGACAACGCUGAGGACAAUGAUGUUGAGACAAAACUGUGAGACUACGUGUGAUCAACAGAAUGUUAGAAACUAGUACUUUAUGAUAACCCUUCAUUCUUUAACCCAGCUACCAACAAUAGAGAAUUACUUUUUGUAUCAGGUACCUUCAGUAUUAAUUGCAUACUUUGAGUCUUUAGUAACUGGGACUAUAUUCCACCCUGUCUCAUUCAUCCAUUUCAUCCAGUUAAACACUGAACUCUCUGGUGUUCUUGUUUGUCUUUGACGAUGUUCUGAUGUCAAAAUGUCAAAAUGUGUUUUUCUAAAGGUUCAUACAGUCAGUACAGACUGAAGAUAUGUGAGAGCUUUACAUGUGUAUUCACUGUAAACUGGAUGAUGAUAGCAGGUAACUUGUCCUGUUUGACAUCAUGGUGGCGCUGUCAUCAUCAAAAUCUACACUUCACUCUGAUCUGUAAAUAUUGUAAAAACUUGUAAAUGACAUAAAUAUUGUUCAAGUGUUUGUUGGUUGAAUAUAUUGUGAAAGGUUUAAGAACAAUGUCGACCUGAGGUACGUGUGCAGGAACGUUAAAAAAAACCCAGAAUUUCCAACAAAGUGAUAUAAAAAUGACAGAAGUUCUUUUUGAUAUUUGCUGUGAAUGAUCAGACUGUAGUGUGCCUCAUGUUAUCUAGCUUUAUUUCUACUUAAACAUCUAUUUUGAAAAGAACUAUACUGUAUAUAUAAAAUGGUUCUAGUUUUAUACCAGAACACUCAAGUGUCCAGAUGUUUCAGUUUCAUAAACUGAAACAUCUGGACACUGAGAGACUGAAAUGUCCUCCUGAAACUGUGAUUGUUGUUUAUGGCCUUUUUACCUGUAACCAAUACUUUUGCUGUUUUCUCUGCAUUAAACUAGCUAUGUGUUUACAAAGAGACACAGUUACACAGGCAAUAAUUACCCCCUGUAUUCUCCCCCUAUUCUGCCCCUCACAUUUAUUUUUUCUAACUGUAACCAUUUCUAUAUGGCUCUGAACCUAACCAACCAAACCAAUGAAGGCAAUGAACACGAGCCAAUCAGAGGAGUGUUCUUAUGAGGGGGCUGAGGGGUAUAUACCUAGACUCACCAGGAGGUGGCACCACACAGUCAGAAGUAAGGGUGCUCAUGUGGACAGAAAUCACAAGUCCUCAGUACCUGUGAGCACUGGCUGGUCCAGUCUGCAACUUAUACAAGUGAAGCCACCAGUGCACAGACACUGAGAAUGGAUCUACAGUGAAGUAGGAGACAUCUUGUGUCCAACAGGAAAACUUGAUGAAAUGAACAAAACUGCAGAUUCAUAGAUUUUCUUUUAAGAAUUCUAGUGUUUAUUUUAUUGUGGAAAUUAUUUUCUUUUUUAUGGAUAAAAACACAUCAGAGACACUUUAUUGUUCCAAGCAGACUAUUUGUAUAUUAAUGCACAUCUGGAGUGGAUCUUUACAUAAACCAUGGAAGCAACAUGUAGCUAAGACAUAAUACAAAUAAGCAAAUACAACAUGUACUAAAUAAUAUAUAUGAAAAUGAA